CCCUCCCACUAUCGCUGGAAUAAGAGACCAGAGCUCCGCGGGGAAGACGCCCGCAGCAGGCGUUGUGUCCAUCGGGGCGGACCGGCCGCUACAGCUGUCCAGAAACUCCAGGCUCCAGAGAGGCAUCAUGGGCUUCUGGAAGACCUCCCCCUUCUUGGCUUUCAGCAUCUUGGUCCUGUGCCAGGCAGGCAGCCUCCAGGCGGCACCAUUCAGGUCUGCUUUGGAGAGCCCCCCAGACCCCACGGCACUCAGUGAGAAGGAAGGCCGCCUCCUGCUGGCUGCUCUGGUGAAGGCCUUUGUGCAGACGAAGAGAAAUGAGCUGGAGCAGGAGCAGGAGGAGAUGGAGGGCUCCAGCCUGGACAGCUUCCGAGCUAAGCGGUGCAGUAAUCUGAGUACCUGUGUGCUGGGCACAUACUCGAAGGACCUCAACAACUUUCAUACCUUCUCUGGCAUCGGCUUCGGGGCUGAAACUCCUGGGAAGAAAAGGGACAUAGCCAGCGGCUUGGAGAGGGGCCGUUAACCG